GAUCCUCCUACUGGUUUUCCGUAGGUUUAGAGAACAAGGUUAGAGGGUCAGAAACUCUCAGAGAGCAGGAGAGACGAGUAACUCCUCUCAAAGUUAAGAUCACUGCGCUGGAUCAGCUUGGCAGAGCCCAGAUAUCAGCACUGUGAAUUUGAAGGUGGCUCUUUCCUCUCUUGCCUGUUUAUGGAUGUAAUCAUGAGGCAGAUAGCUGAUCAGCUUCCCUGGAUUGCGCUCACAACCCCCCUUUGUUUUGCCUGAAGAUGGAAACACUGGAGUCUGAGCUGACCUGCCCAAUUUGUCUGGAGCUCUUUGAGGAUCCGCUGCUCUUGCCCUGCGCUCACAGCCUUUGUUUCAACUGUGCCCAUCGCAUCCUGGUCUCACACUGCACGCCCAGUGAGCCAAUCCAGUCCAUCAGCGCCUUUCAGUGCCCAACCUGUCGCUAUGUCAUCACCCUUAACCAGAGGGGCCUAGAGGGACUGAAACGCAACGUUACAUUACAGAACAUCAUUGACCGCUACCAGAAGGCUUCUCUAAGCGGACCUAACUCCCCUAACGAAACUCGGCGUGAGCACACUAUCCGCGAAAGCAAAGCCAUGACAUCUCCGGGUGACCGGGUGCAGUGUCAGUUCUGUGAGCAGGAUCCUCCGCAGGAUGCCGUGAAGACUUGCGUCACCUGCGAGGUGUCAUACUGCGACGAGUGUCUCAAGGCCACCCACCCCAACAAGAAACCUUUCACGGGCCACCGUCUAAUCGAGCCCUUGCUGGACUCUCAUCUGCGAGGGCUCAUGUGUCUGGAGCACGAGGAUGAGAAGGUCAACAUGUACUGUGUGACAGAUGAACAGUUGAUCUGUGCACUGUGUAAGCUGGUUGGCCGACACCGGGACCACCAAGUGGCAGCCCUCAGUGACAGAUAUGACAAACUCAAGAAAUCUCCUGGCCGCUUUCUCUGUGUGGGGCGUGAUCGUUCACACCAGGAGGCACACCAGCAAGCCUUGGAUUCCAACCUCAGCAGUCUAAUCAAGAGGACCAGUGAGUUGGAAAGUCUGAUGGGCAAACUUAUCCAAACCUGUCAACAUGUGGAGGUAAAUGCAUCACGACAAGAAAACAAGCUGGUUGAGGAGUGUGACCUGCUGAUUAAUAUCAUACAGCAGCGAAGACAAAUCAUAGCUACUAAGAUAAAGGAAGGAAAGUCUAUGCGGUUGAGGAAACUAGCCCAGCAGAUAGCCGGCUGUAAGCAGUGCAUCGAGAGGUCCUCCUCCCUCAUCACUCAGGCCGACCAAACGCUCAAAGAGUCAGACCACACUCGCUUCCUUCAAACGGCUAAAAGCGUCUGUGACCGAGUUUGUAUGGCAACGGCAUCCUCUCAAAUCUUGUUACCAGAAAUUAACCUGAACGACACCUUUGAUACUUUUGCUUUGGACUUCACAAGGGAGAAGAAAAUGCUAGAAAGCUUGGAUUACCUCACUGCACCAAAUCCACCAGUAAUCCGUGAGGAAUUAUGUACAGCUUCAUAUGACACGAUCACAGUUCACUGGACAUCAGAUGACGAAUUCUCUGUUGUAUCGUAUGAACUUCAGUACGCCAUCUUCACCAGCCAAUCUAAUGUUGUCAGUUUGUGUAACUCUGCUGAUAGCUGGAUGAUUGUACCAAACAUCAAGCAAAAUCACUACACUGUGCACGGGCUCCAGUGUGGCACCAAGUACGUUUUCAUAGUGAAGGCCAUAAACCAGGCUGGAAACCGCAGCAGUGAACCGGGGAAGCUCAAGACCAACAGUCAACCAUUCAAGUUGGAUGCAAAGUCAGCUCACCGGAAGCUUCGGGUGUCCCAUGACAACCUGACAGUGGAGCGGGACGAGACAUCAUCCAAGAAGAGCCAUAGUCAGGACCGCUUCUCCAGCCACAGCAGCUACGGGGUCACAGGAAAUGUCUACAUCGACAGCGGCCGCCAUUACUGGGAAGCUCUGAUAGGAGGAAGCACAUGGUUUGCAGUGGGAAUUGCAUACAAGUCAGCACCAAAACAUGAGUGGGUCGGCAAAAAUUCCGCUUCCUGGGUACUGUCUCGAUGCAACAAUUCAUGGGUGGUGCGUCACAACAGUAAGGAGAUGCCCAUCGAGCCUUCACCCCACCUGCGGCGCCUCGGAGUAUUGUUGGACUAUGACGCUGGAUCUCUGUCCUUCUACGACGCUGUCGGCUCUCAGCACUUGCAUACAUUUGACAUCGCCUUUGCUCAGCCAGUCUGCCCUGUGUUCAACGUGUGGAACAGGUGUUUAACAAUCCUCACUGGACUGCCCAUCCCAGACCACUUAGAGGGGACCGACUAUAACAACUGACAAAACCUGUCCUGCUGGAUUUUCUGUGUGUACCCAAAAAGAGACCAGACUGCACCCCCUUGACUCCGAUGUCCACACACUGUUGACAAAAUAAAAAGAGUAACGCAACAAGAUGCAGUUAAUGGCCCAGGUGUCAAUCCUAUGUUGAAAUGAAUUGGAAUUAUUUAAGAAAUUAUUUACAAGCAUAUGUAGAUGUAUUUCUUUGCUUCGCACAUGUAUGUACAUUACACAACUGGGUGGUUUAAAGGGUUUGCUAACAGUUUGAAAUUCAUGGAGAAAAUUUCAAGUAGGCUCCAGACGUUUUUUAUUUCUAAAUUCAUAUAUUCAUGUGUCGUUGAAGGUGAGAAUAAAGCUUUAAGUGCAAGUGUUAAGCGGACUUUCUCACUCCGAUGUUUUUGGAGGGUCGUAUUAUAGGCUAUUUUAAAUGUAAUGGGUUUUUUUUGAAAGAUGUUUUUAAGUCAUAGCACUUUGAGAAGACAAGGUUGUCACUAUAAAAUGUAUUUCUAAGCCAAUUGUACCAUAAUGCAAAUGUUUCCUUCUCAUUGUUUUGUAAGGGAAAAGUGUUGAAAUAGGUCAGAUAGUUAACAACAGUUUCACUUAGAAAUUUUAAUGUGAAUUCAGUCAAUUCAGCAAUUUUCAAAUAUUUAUUGUCUGUAAAUGCUUGAGUACAGUUCAGCAUUAUUGAGAUCAAUCAAUCUCCUCAUUGUAGCAGUUUCAAAAGUUGAAAAAGCUCUUCAUCACAAUUUUCACAUUUACGUUUCUCUCUGACAAGAUGCAAUAAAAGUGACUUCAUUUGA